GGACGACCCGGAAAUAAACUCAGGACCAUUUCCUGAUUCAACAUCACGCACAUGACUCUAAUGAGGAGAACACUUUGCUGAAAUGGGAGAUGAAGUGGAACUGGUUGUUGGAAGUUAUGAGCAGAUAGUGUUUGGGUACAGAGUGUGUCCUGGAGAAGAGGAAUGGAGAUUAGAGUCAGUGUUCACAAACCACGCUCACACAGCGAGCCUGACCACAGUGGCGGCCAACGAGCAGUUCGUCGCGACAGGGAGCAAAGAUGAAACCAUCCAACUGUACAACAUGAAGACAAGAACUGAGCUUGGAUCGUUAUUACACCACAGUGGUACGAUCUCGUGUCUGCAGUUUGGUUCUUCAGCUCACUUACUGAGCGCCGGGGAAGACGGCCUGCUGUGCGUGUGGAGCACGAAGACGUGGGAGUGUUUGAAAUCCUUCAACGCGCACGUGGGUCAUGUGACUUCUCUCUCAUUGCAUCCUUCUGGAAAACUUGCGCUGUCUGUUGGAACGGACAAGAAGCUCAGAACGUGGAAUCUUCUCGAAGGAAGGGCAGCUUUCACCAAGAAUAUUAAACAAAAUGCCCAGAUCGUGCAGUGGUCACCAGCAGGAGAUAAGUACAUCGUUGUUGUAAAUGAUAAAUUGGACGUCUACGACCUGGCGUCUGCCAGCAUCAUCGGCACCUUCAGCUUCAGGAAGAGGAUUUCAUCUGUCAGAUUUCUGAAGAACACGCUGCUGGCUGUGGGAGGAGAUGAUGAACAUGUCCAGGUGUAUGAUCUCGCCUCUGAAAAGUGCGUCUGUGAGUUCAAAGCUCACGAAAACAGAGUAAAAGCACUGGACAGCUUUGAGAUGAACGACUUGUGUGUGUUGGUCACUGCGUCUAACGAUGGAUUCAUCAAGCUGUGGGACUUCAGUACAGAGAGGCAGGAGGCAGUGCGUCUGCUCGGACAGGUGAACAACACGGCCCGACUCACCUGUCUGUCUGUGUGGAGAAGCGGCGCAAAGGAAGGAAAGUUGGACACCCAGCCUGCGACGUCUCAAUCCGAGAUGAAAACUCUGCUGCCACCCAAAACCAAGCGAGUGAGGAUUAAUACGCUGGAGGUGGUUGUGGAAGAAGAUGCUUCGUCAAAAAAACAAGGCAAAAAGAAGAAAAAACAGAAAGUGCAAUGAACAGUGUUAUUUCACGUGUCUUGUUUGUUUAUUUUAGUGAACGUACGUGUCAGGACUCCUCAUGAUGUCGUGUCUUUUCCCCUUUCAGUAUUGAAUUGCUCAUGAGGGAAGCGUUCUAAUAAACCCCAUCUCUUCUUCUUCUUCAGUGGA